AUGCCAUUCAAAAAAUGGGCUGCGGCCAAUAGUUAGUUUUGGAUCUAAUGUGGGCUUCAUUCAGACCUUAUUCAAAUUGAUCAGGUCUACUUCAUUGGGCUUUUGUUGUUAGUCUAGAUUAGGCAUUUUAGUCAGGCUGGUUUCAUCAAUUUUUGUAGGCUUUCAUAAGGUUUUUUUUCUUGGUUACGCCGGAUCAGAUUUUUAGCAACGAGACUGAGAAAGUCUACUGUAUUUUGGUUGUCUCUUCCAUAAUUCUGAAUAUCUCAAAACGUCAAUUUCUUAGUCAUGCUGGUUCAGGUUUCGUAUUUAUCUAUCUUUCUUCUAAAUUAGUCCCUCGAAAAGUUUUCGUCGUUCCAAUUUUUGAUAAUUUUCCCAUGCCAGACAGAGCACGAGACCUUGAGAAAUACAAAACUCGUGGUCUCUUUUUUGAAUAGAAAUAAAGAAAACGUUUUGUUUUCAAAAUUCCGACGACCUUCAUAGUUUUUGUAUUGAAUUUUGGUUGCGAAAGAAGCAGACAGGAAUAGGAAAUUUUCAACAAACAUCUGGACCACUGUGUAUCCAAUUUUUGUCGAAAAAACAUGAGAAAAAUAUAGCUAUUGCCAAGACUGUUUUUCAAUAAGAAGAAAACAUGUUGGACAGAUGUGUAACAAUUUUGAGGUUCUUCCGCUUUGAACAAUUCUUAUCAUAGGGACACAUUGGAAAUUUUGAGACAGUUAAACUUUCCGGAAACUGAAAAAAGCCACUAUGAAAGCAAUUGAAACUAAUAAUUAUAAUUAGCUACCUUAUCUACAAGAUUAAAGAUUUUUUGAAAAAAUCUAAAACUAUUAGUUUGAAAUAAUAAUGAAAUUCCCCACAAAAAUGCAAGUUGUUUUCCAGAAAUGGACUCGAUUUUAACUCGACGAAGUUCGGCUCCAGCAAUUCCUGCAAUUUCAACUUCAUCUCAAGAAGCUUCAAAUUUGCCAAAUUUGAAAGUUGGAAAUUAUACGUUGAAAAAAACACUUGGGAAUGGUUCUUUUGGAAAAGUUAAAUGUAAGUUUGGGUUUGAAAAAUAUUUUAAUAAAAAUUUAGAAGUUGCCUAACGUUUGAAAUUUUAAGAAAUAUUUCCACACUUAUUAGCUGUAAAUGUUGAUUUUUUAAAUGUAAGAUUUUUUUCAAAAUGUUCGUUUUUUCAUGGGAAAAAUUGUCUGAAAAAUGUAAAUUUCAAAUUUUAUCAUACAAUUUUUGAAAAAUUUUGAAAUUAUUCUACCGUAUGACAUGAAAUAAAUCUGAAAAAGCAAACAUUUAUAUUUUCAGCUCUCUCAAUUUAGCUGUAAAUCUGAAAAUUUAUCUCGAACUUUUUUGCAGUGGCCGUAGAUCGAAGCGGAUUCGAAGUUGCUAUCAAAAUAGUGAAUCGAAAAAAGAUGCGAUGCGAAAGUAUGGCGACGAAAGCGAAACGAGAAAUUCAGAAUAUGAGCAGCUUGCAACAUCCACAUAUUUGUCGAUUGUCAGUUUUCGGGAUUUUUGAAAAAAAAUUUAAUAGGGUUUAGUGUGAAAAACUGAUCAAGUUAGAAUUUCUCGAUCACAAAAUCCUUUUUUUUUGUUUUGAAAAACUAAAAGUCUAUUUUGAUAUAAAAAAACUGAAUUUCUCCCGAUAAAGUUUCAAUAUUUUUCCUUUCCAGAUACGAAGUAAUCAGUUCACCAUCUGAUAUAUUUUUGGUAAUGGAAUUGGUGACUGGUGGAGAAUUAUAUAGUUAUAUUACAAAAAGUGGAUGUUUGACAGUUCCCGAAUCAAGAAAAAUGUUUCAACAAUUGAUUGCUGGUGUCAAAUAUUGUCAUGAUCAUAUGAUUGUUCACAGAGAUUUGGUGGGUUUAAUGUUUGGCCUAAAAUCAAUUUUUAUUCCAUUCUAGAAACCUGAAAACCUCCUUUUGGAUGAACAAAUGAAUAUCAAAAUUGCUGAUUUUGGACUUUCAAAUUUAAUGAGAGAUGGAGAUUUUCUCACAACUUCUUGUGGUUCACCCAAUUAUGCAGCACCUGAAUUGAUAUUGUCCAGGUUUGUCUCCUUUUUUGGGCCUAGAAAAUCUCACAAAAACCCUUUUCAGACUCUAUGUCGGCCCAGAAGUUGAUAUUUGGUCAUCUGGUGUUAUUUUGUAUGCAAUGCUCUCUGGAACUCUUCCAUUUGAUGAAUCUGAUCCACCAACACUUUAUCGAAAAAUCAAAAAAGGAUCGUAUUCGAUUCCGAGAAAUAUGGAUUCGGCAGCAGCUGAUUUGAUAAAAACUAUGUUGGUUGUGGAUACAAUGAAAAGAGCAAAUAUCAAAGAAAUUAUGUAAGAAGUUUUGAGCAAGAAUUAAAAGCAAAUAAAACGUGUUUUUUUCCAGCGGUCACAAAUUCUUCAAAAAGAACCUUCCAGUCUAUUUGUUCCCAGAAGAAGAAAGCGAAACAACAAUUAUUGAUAUUGAUUCGGUUAAUUGUGUGGUUCAGGUGAGAUUUUCAGCAGAAAAUUCAUUAUUUUCAGUCAUUUUCCUCCUAAUUUUCUGUGAUUUCCAGACAUUUUUGUUUUCAGAAAUACGGUGUUCCUGAAGAAGAAGUAACCCAGGCUCUUUUAUCUGGUGAUCAUCAUAAUCAUAUUGCAAUGGCUUAUCAUUUGGUUUGUGAACACAAGAGGAAAGAUAGUGAAAGUUAGUGAAGUUUUUGGGAGAAUUGAACAUUUCGCUCCAAAAUUAAUGAAACUAGCUCAUUCUGAUUUUUCAGAAACCAAAGAAGCGAUCGAAAGUUUCUACAAAAAUACUCGAAAAUCGAUCCAAAAUCCAAAUUCGCCCAAAAAAUCAGUUGCCGCUGAAACCCAAUCAAUUCCUAAGACAACACAAGAAAAAACUUUCGAAGUUCUACAAAGUCGCCAACGAAAAAGACAAUGGCAUUUAGGAAUUCGAUCAUCUUCGACACCACAAGAAACUAUUUAUUUGGUGUUCAAAAAAUUGGAGGAAAUUGACUUGGAAUGGAAAACGUUGGAUAUAUAUCAUUUGAUUGUGCGGAGAAAACCGACUGCUUCGAAUUCGGAUCCAGUUCGUAUAGGUAAUUAUUUUAGGCUAAAUCCAUGUAGAAUUGAACUUCUGGCAUCAAAAUUACUAUAUUGUGAUUUUCUUGAGUCCUAGAUCCACAUGAAAAAAUAAGGAAAACAAAGUCCCAUUUUUUAGCGUUACGACUUUAUGAAACUGGCGAAAAAUUGGCAUAUGUUUUGGAUUUCAAAUUGUGGCUCAAAGCCGAAGAAUAUUCGAUUGAAUCUGGAACAAAUACACCUGUCAGAUGUAGAUCAAGACAAUCUUCGAUUUCGGUUUUGCCAUUGCCUACUACGACACCGACAAAAGGCAUUUUGACACCGAAAUUGAACACGAAAAAAGUGACGCCUUGUAGGUUUUUUGAGGGAGGAAGUGCCUGGAUUUUGAAACAUUAUUCUCUAGAAAAAUUGUUUUUGACUCACAAAGCUGUAAUUUUUGUCUGAAAAUAGUUCAAAAAUCUAAAAAUAUCAAUAAAUUUUGCAGCCAUCGAAAUUCCGAGAAUCAAUGUUGAUGAAGCUUCACUUGGAGAUAUAUCAAUCAGCCCGACAAAAUCUGUCUCAUUUUUGGAUACACCUGGAGUGAGUUUUUUGCGGGAUUUUGCUUAAAAUUGGCUUGAAAACUGAAUUUUGAUUGAACAAUUCGAUUAUUUCAGCAUAUCUCCAACUCUUCCGAAUCGCAAAGUUCUUCAUUCGAUCGACCUGAAAUUCCACCUUCCACAACUAUCCAAUUUUUCGACCUUUGCCACGCAAUUAUGGCACAACUUUUGGCUUAA